AUGCCCCCCUCUAAACCCUUCGUCCUCUUCUUCAACGCCAUCCGCCACGCUCAACCCAUCUACAGCAAACUUCAAGAAGUGGCCCACACAGACAACAUCUUCGCCAUCUACCGCACCUCAGCCAGUGGCGCCGUGAGCACCCUCCCUUACACCCAUACCCCCAUUCACCCCAAGCACGGCUCUCUAAAAUCAACGCAGAUAGCAGGCCCCUUCGACGCCGAAUUCAUCAGCCGCCUGCCACCGAGCUGCAAGUACAUCUGCCACAACCGUACUUCCCUGCCGGCAGCGCAAGCGGCGGGAGCGGAGUACGUCUCGUUCGAGACGCUGAUCAGCCAAAGUGAUGUGGUUAGUGUGCACGUGCCGCUAACCAACCAAACGCGGCACCUGAUCAAUGCGGCGGUGCUGGGCCGGAUGAAAGUGGGCGUGGUUAUGAUCAACACUGCGCGCGGGGCGGUGGUCGAUGAGGUGGCGUUGGCGGAUGCGCUGACGAGCGGGCAUGUUGCGGCUGUGGGGUUGGAGAUGUAUGAGCGUGAUCCUACAGUGGAUGAGAGGUUGGGUGGGCAUGAGCGAGCGUUGUUGCUGCCGCAUGUGGGGACGCAUUCGGUCGAGAGCCUGGGGAAGAUGGAGGCGUGGGCGAUGGAGAAUAUGCGGCGGGCGGUUGUGGGGGCAGAGUUGUUGAGCCCGGAGGUGUAG